CAUAACUGAAGGGAGUGGUGGAGUUGAAGGGUGUGACUCUGACACACUGUUCAUCACUCUAUCCAGGUGGGUCUACCACCUUAAAGCAGCAUUCAGGAGCAGCUCACACCUUUAUUCAGGAGAAUUUCAGAUCCUGAAGAGCUCAAGCUUUCAGAUCUUUCCAGAAGGAACCCAGCAUGAGGAUCUUUUUGCUUCUAGCUGCGAUGAUGAUGGCAUCUUCAGCCCAGAAUGACUGCUCUCUUGGAGCAUGUUACCCCCCCAGCAGAGACCUCCUCCUGGGCCGUUCUCACCUUCUCCACGCCUCCUCCACCUGUGGCCUUGAUGCCUCAGAGAUCUACUGUACUCCAUAUUAUCAGUCAAGGAUGAAGUGCUGUCCAUGUGACUCCAGGAAUACAGACAGUCAGCUGGCCCACACAGUUCAGAACAUCUUGACUUCUUCUAAACCUGACAGAUGGUGGCAGUCCAAGAAAGGAGUAAACCAUGUCACUCUCCAGCUGGAUCUCGGCAACCUGUUCCAACUGGAUAGCCUGGUGCUCAGCUUCAAGGGUCCCCGUCCCAGUGCCUUGGUAAUAGAGAAGUCUCUGGAUCACAGUAGGACAUGGCAGCCUGUCCUCUACUUGGCUGCAAACUGUCAGAAAUCCUUUCCUGUUGUCCCCACAUCAGCACCUCUUACUCUUGAUGGGACCUACUGCCACACCCUGCCGCACCACGCCAACCACUACCAGAAUGAGAAGAUUGAUUUCAGCCCGUUGCAUCAGUAUGCUUUAGUUCCUGCUUCCAAGAGCCAAAAACUUGAAGAGAAGUCCGCGUUGACGGGUCUGAGGGUGAACCUGACUGAGCUGGGCGAUGUCCCCCAUAUACCAGGGAGAACUCUGAGCAGGUUUUAUGCCUUAAAUGAGAUGAAGGUGAUGGGCGCUUGCAUGUGUCAUGGACAUGCUAACCGAUGUCUACCAGAGGAAGACAAUGACCCAGGUUCCAACCGCAUACAGGUGAAUUCUCAGUGUGAUUGCAAGCAUAACACAGCUGGCGUUAACUGUGAGCGUUGUGCUGACCUCUAUAACGAUCUUCCCUGGAAACCUGCAGAGGAGCGCAAUACUCAUGCUUGCAAACGCUGUGAGUGCAACAACCAUGCCCAGCACUGUCACUUCAGCCAGGCUGUGUAUGAAGCCAGUGGGAAGACCAGUGGGGGAGUGUGUGAUGGAUGUUUGCACCAUACCGUAGGACCUAAGUGCGACCAGUGUGCCCCAGGCUACCAGCCCAACCCGCGCAGCCGAAUGGACCGUCCUGAUGCAUGCAUACGCUGUUCCUGUAGUCCUGAAGGGACGGCGAGCGAGGGUCAGUGCAUGGAGCCCUGUCAGUGCAAAGUGAAUGUGGAAGGAUCUCUGUGUGAUCGCUGUAAAAGAGGAAGCUACGGCAUGAGCAGACUCAACCCAGCAGGCUGCAGCAAGUGUUCCUGUUCUCCAGACGGAUCUCUGUCGGAUAUCUGUGACCUUCUCACUGGUCAAUGUCCCUGUCGUCCAAACUUCCUCGGUCUCACCUGUGACGUGUGUUCAAAAGGCUACUGGAAAUCACUACUAUCCAAACGCUGUGAACCCUGUGGUUGUGAGCCCAUCAGCUCCAACAGUGACAGCUGUGACCAGCUGACAGGCCAGUGUCAGUGCAGGCCAGGCUUUGGAGGCCGAAAAUGUACGGAGUGCCCAGACAACAUGUACGGGAACCCUUGGACCGGCUGCCAGCUGUGUAGGUGCGAUGCGGUGGGAACUGUUCCAGGAGGGUGUGAUAAGCAGACGGGGGAGUGUUUUUGUCGGCACGGUGUCACUGGACCACGCUGUGAUACCUGCUCUCGAGGACAUUGUGCUUCCUUCCCUGCGUGUGAACUUUGCCCCUCCUGCUUCUUCACACUGGACUCCCAGAGGAUGAAUAUUAGCUUAGCCCUGGAGACACUUUUUAGCAGAUUCCCUGAUGUUCCUGGAGGCCCAGAGAAUUUUGGAAACCUGGAGGCGAGUGUGAACCUGAUCAAGAGUUCUAUCUCCCCUUCACCCAGUACCAUUAGACAACUUUCUGGUGCUCUGGUCCAGCUCAACAAGCUCAGAGAUGAGUUGGGAAGGGUUGACAGUAAAGUCCCGCCCACACUAAAAACACCUGACCUGGAGUCCGAGCUGGACGAACUACAGGCUUUGUUCGACAGACUGGUACUGAUGUAUGAAACCAAGAGAAGUGCCUCAGGAGGAUCCUCAGGCACAUUUAACACAGGAGCAUUUUCUGCCAUCAAAACUGCCUACAAGGACUCAACAGAUGCAGCCAAAAAGGUGAAUGCCACUGAGGACAUAGUCAAGAAUGCCUCUGACCUCCGAGAACAGACCAGUAAUGUUUGGGAAAGAGUGCAACCAGGGAACACCAGAGACCUGAAAGGUCUGAACAGCAGCAUGGCCUCCCAGCCGGACCUGAUUCCUGCUGCUAAACAGGUAUGUGGCAGUGUUCGGUCAGAUGUCUGCAGCCCCUUCCGAUGUGAGGGUGGACCCCUGUGCCCCCCAGAGAGAGACCAACGGUGUGAGAAAGGAGCAGAGUGCAUAGGUGCUCUGCCUCUGGGCAACAGAGCAAAUACCGAUGUGACGGUUGUGAAAGACCAACUAGACAAACUUGGUAAGAAGAUCACAGAGGCUGCAGCUCAGCUUCAGAAAACUCAAAAGACAACAAAUCAGGUCAGACAGUCUGCAAAGGACCUGUCCAGCAAAAUAAAGCAGACCAGAAAUGAGCUGGAAAAAGAUCUAGAGGAGAUGAGCAACACUGUGAAAGAGCUAAAGAACUUCCUGUCAGACCCAUCGUCCAACCUGACUCAGAUCCAGGAGGUGAGUGACUGGAUCCUAAAAGCCAAGCUGCCACUCGGCCUGUCUGAACUGUAUGUGAAGAUAGGAGAGCUCAAGAAUUUAUCAGCAGAUCUUACAAACAGCACACAUGUGCUGAAGGAGGCGGAGCCACAACUGGACACAGCAAGAAGACUGCUGCAAGACGCCCGAGAUGUCAGGGACCAGGCACUGAGAGCAAAGGCUGACGUAAGCCAACUGCAGACAGACCUAGACACGACUAAUGGAUCCAUCUACGACCUGGAGAAAAAGCUACAGGACAGCUUGGACAUGAUCGGCGACCUGAACAAGACCCUGACCCAGACGAAAGGCCAGCUGAGCCCAACAGAGGAAGCGCUGGUUGAUGUCUCAUCACUCAUAAAGCCAUUGAAACCCCUACUGGAGGAGCUAAAGGAGCUGCUGAAGAAUGGACCCCAGCAGGCCCAGGAUGCUCAGAAAGACGCUGGCCGAGCUGAGGAUGCAGCCGCAGCAGCUGCCCAGAGACCCUCUUGAUGGAUCCAAAAGUCAGAGAGGUCGGAUGACCGCUGGCACCAGAGGGCUGAAGAAUACCGUGGUACCAAUCCUUUCAGUCCAGAGAUGUCUCGGGUCACGACAGAUGGAUGGAACCGAGUGUCUGGGACUCAAGGAGUCUAAACAAUAUCACCUUAUUCUGCAGGAAUUAUUAUGUUGUAUCAGUUUUGCUGGUGCAAAAAGAUUUUGACGACGUGUCAAAAUCUUUAGUGGGUUAAAGAGGUGUGCUUCAGGUGGCCGGUCUGAAGCUUCUCUAGAACUCAAGAAUCACCAGCGUGAUCUGAUUUUAAUGUUCCCAGGUUAUGAUUGUGUAGCCAACCAAAGGUUGACAAGUUUGGAUGUUACCAAGAAUCUCAGAAACACACACCUUCUAUGAUCCGGAGGCUCUGAUCUGGGUAAAAGUUUAAUUAUGUGUCAUGGACUUAACUUUACCUUACUUUGUACUUGUGUGAGUGCAAAUGUUAUGACCAUUGUUAUGCAUGUUGUCAAGUAAACAUGCUGAAACAAUCA